CUUCCAGAUUGUUGGCCACCCAGCUGCUUAAUUUGAUCAAAUAAAGUGCUGCUUGAUCAAGAAGUCUCCACUUGGGUUAUCUGAUUAGAUUGAUACAGUAUCUCAAGUUUAAGUUUGGGACUGGGAUCUUACAGACAGACAGCUUGCCGUGCAGUGUUGAAGCUAUGGAGCUGAUCAGAGUGCUAGCAAACCUUCUGAUACUACAGCUUUCUUACGCACAAAAGUCUUCUGAACUGGUCGUUGGAGGUGAUGAAUGUAACAUAAAUGAACAUCGUUCCCUUGCACUCGUGUAUAUCACUAGCGGUUUUCUCUGCGGUGGGACUUUGAUCCACCCGGAAUGGGUGAUGACCGCUGCACACUGUGACAGGGGAAAUAUUGUCAUAUUCCUUGGUGUGCAUAGCCUAAAGGGACUAAAUAAGGAUGAGCCAACAAGAAUCGCAAAGGAGAAGUUCAUUUGUCACAAUAGGAAAAAAAAUGACGAUAAGGACAAGGACAUCAUGUUGAUCAGGCUGGACAGUCCUGUUAGCAACAGUGAACACAUCGCGCCUAUCAGCUUGCCUUCCAAUCCUCCCAGUGUGGGCACAGUUUGCCGUGUUAUGGGAUGGGGCUCAAUGACGUCUCCUAAUGUGACUUUCCCCGGUGUCCCUCAUUGUGCUAACAUUAACAUAUUCGAUUAUGAGGAGUGUCGAGCAGCUAAACCAGAAUUGCCAGAGAUAAGCAGAACAUUGUGCGCAGGUAUCCUGGAAGGAGGCAAAGGUUCAUGUGACGGUGACUCUGGGGGACCCCUCAUCUGUAAUGGAGAAAUCCAGGGCAUUGUAUCUUGGGGGGGCGAUAUUUGUGCCCAACCGCAUGAGCCUGGCCACUACACCAAGGUCUUCUAUUAUAUUGAUUGGAUCAAGAACAUUAUUGCAGGAAAUACAGAUGCGACCUGCCCCCCGUGAAAA